GAAGGUUGUUUAGAUUUCGUCUUCUUGCGUUAGGACACAACUGGAUAACCCCACCUCAUCCUGAUCAGGAAUAUGGUACUGUACUUGCUGAACUCAAUGCAGAUGUUUGCAACAACGCAAGGUCGGUUCUGCUGACAACGGGUAUCAGUACAGUUGUGAAACUUUGAACUUCAUUUACUAUGGAGGGCUUUUUGGAUAUCAAUGAGAUCCUGGAUCUCACCGGCACUGAUUCAGAGGAGCAGAGAGGAGGUGUUGAUGAUGAUGAGGUAGAGCAGCAUGUGGAAGGAGCAGAGAGGAGUGCUAGGCCAACCAUCAACGAGUUCAAAAAGACCUGGGGCUUCAGGCGUACCACGGUUGCCAGAAGAGAGUUUGUGGGAUUAGAUGAGAUUGAAUAUCCAGAAUCUCCGCCCCUACCUACACGUCGGGGCAGAGGCCGACCAACCAAGACCUAUUCAAGACGUGGCCGUGGAGGGAGAAGAAGUGGCCCUUCUGAGCUGGAGAACUCAGAGAUGGCGUCAUCUACUCCUGUGGACACAGAGCCUUCUUCAGGAGCUGUAGAAUCCUGCCCAGGUGUCAAACUAGACCCCACCUCUUGGCAGGACUUCGGCUCUGCAUUUGGCACCGCGUUUUCUUUACUUGGGGAGAAGGACGAUGAUAUGCCCAUGCCUACCCCUGUUCAAACUAUGCCCACCCAUGCCCAAUUUAUGCCCGCCCCUGUCCAAAUCAUGUCUGACCAUACCACGCCUGACCAAAUCACACCUGACCAAACCACACCUGCUCAAACCACGCACGCCCAAACUAUGCCCGCCCCUGCCCAACCUAUAUCGGCUCCUCCCACUAGCUGUGAGGUUAGUGGGGCAGUGGAAUCUCUCUCUAGUGUGGAGGAGGACAGUGAUGAGUUGACCCUGAAGCAGCUCCAGGAGCGGCUGAUCUCUAAGGGUAGGGGAGAGGCCCGAGGCAAAGGGGUCAGAGGGCGGGGCAGGGCUAGGGGGAGGGGACGAGGGAGAGGUAGAGGACGAGGGAGAGGUAGGGGGCGUGGGAGGGGGAGGGGAGUAGACCCUGAGUCAAGCACUGCUGAUGAAGAAGAGGUGAUUUUUGUGAAUGAGUUGGAACUGCCGCAGGUGCUCACAGAGAGGGAGAGGAGUCCUGAGGAGGUUCAGGUGGAGCCUCAAAGCCCCUCUCCUUCUCAACAUUCCAGCACAGACUCAAUGCCUCCUCUGGAGUCCGAUCCAGAGCCAGAGCCAACAGAAGAAAAACCCAACCCAAACAGUCAUGAUCGCAUAACCGAGAUAGAGAAUGACGAAGUGGUAGAGGAGGAGAAGGACGAAAUCCCGGAGGAGAGGAUCGAGGAAGAAAAGUCUGAGUAUUCUAGUAUAUCAGACAGUGAAGGCUACAACCCUCAUGCUCUUUACUGCAUCUGUCGGCAGAGACACAACAAGAGGUUCAUGAUCUCCUGUGACAGUUGUCAGGAGUGGUUCCAUGGCGACUGUGUCGGUGUCAGCGAGAUGCAGGGACGCAAGCUAGAGAGGAGCGGACGGGACUGGAUCUGUCCCAACUGUCCUAACAACAGCCAGAGUCAGGCGGACCCCGAGCCGAGCCAACCUGACUGUCUAACACUGCCUUCCUCUGGGCAGGUGGAGAGAGUCCAUGAGGAGCAGGCCAGUGAGGAAGUUGUGGUGCCUGAGGUGGUUGCUGUGAAGGAGACGGAAAGUUCUCUGCCCCAGUGCAUCGGCCCAGGUUGCAGUAAGCAUGCCCUGCCCGACUCUGUUUACUGUGGUACAGACUGCAUCCUUCAGCAUGCGGCUGUCACUAUGAAGACCCUCUCAGACUCCAAAGAAGCCAAAACGAAGCAACGCCCGCAGAAGAAAGUAGCAGCUAAAUCUGUCUCUAAGGGUCAGAGGUCGGCUAGGAUUCUCCGGAAGGAGUCGAUGGAAUGUCCCGAAGAAGAGCAGGGUGAUGAAGAGAAGGAUGCCGAAGCAGUUGAGGACAAGGGAGCGGACUCGUCUACACCUCCCUUACCCUGCGCCCCUAGUCUCACUGCAGUACAGGCUGCACCCGUAGAGUCCUCCAUGUUAUACCAGUCCAAGAAAAAGGACAGUGAGCCAGUAGCCAGUGAGAUAGAGCCAAUGGCUCCUCUGACACAUUCUCACACUGCGUCAGUCAACAUCACUGAGUUCUCUGCUCCUCUUGGUGGUUCUCCGGCAAACAGUGACAUUGUCUCCAAGAAACUCUCAGAGGAUAAGUCCCUUACAAAACCAUCCAACUCCCACAAGUCUUGCCCUUUUCCGACCUCCGAGACCCUAAGCACCUCAGUCUCCAGACAUCAUGAAACUGGGGCUCUGAGGAUCAGCAAGACCUCCUUCACCAUCCCUAAGAAGCAGCCUGAACCCCCCAUUACCCCCACUCCACCCUUACCGUCACCCCCAGUCCCACUGAAUGAAACCAGGAACCUACCUGUGUCCCCAGCCCCAAUCGCCCCUUCUUCCAGACCCCCCCAGCCAGCCAACCACCAGGUCAGGCAGAGCAUCCAACGUUCUCUUACCAACAUCCUGUACAAGAGGGUGUGCGACUGUGAAGACUUGGAAAAGUCUGAGAGUGAAGUGGUGAAGCUGGUCACCAACAUCGAGACUGAGAUGUUUACAAUAUUUAACAAUACAGACAGCAAGUACAUGAACAAGUACCGAACCAUCAUGUUCAACCUUAAAGAUCCCAAAAAUAAGGGUUUGUUGUACAGCGUCAUCCGUGGUGAGGUCAGUCCCUUCAGACUGGCCAGGAUGAGCCAGAGGGAUAUGCAGGCCACAAAGGUGUCUGAGCCCAGCAAAAAGGACACAUCAGAGGUCUCAGAGUCUGGUCCCAAAGCUCCAUGUGUGCUGCGAAAUCCUGCGCCUGAGCCAGUGAAGGUUGAUUUACCCAGUCUUCCCUCCAGAGCGAAUAGACACAUGGAACAAAAGAGUCCUCUCCCUGCAGCCAUUAAAGCCAGACCUAACCAGUUGAGCCAGAGCUGCACAGAGCCAGACAUCCUCAGCUGCAUGCUGAAAGACACAACCGCUGAGCACAGAGCUCACCUUUUUGACCUCAAAUGCAAGAUCUGCACAGGUCAGAUGUCAGUCGAAGAUGAGGAGGAGCCUGUGUACAAGAAGACUAAACUAUCUGGGUCAUCGUCGUCCUCCAGUAAACCAGACCAGUGGAGAGACAUGCCGUCUCGUCCACCCUGGAUGUACGCUAGAACAGAUCCCAGAACAGAGGACAGAGGAUGGAGAACUCCAGCAGGAGAUGAAUCGCCUCUUCUUGCACCCCCUGACUCCCCGACCAUGGAUUCUCCUGCCUCCCCUGUGAUGGAGGAUGACUCUGCCCUAGUCAUCAUGGAAUCCCCCAUUUCUCCCACAACAGAAUCUCCAGCUUCUCCACCUAUGGAAUCUCCCACCUCCCCCAUUUUAGAAUCCCCCACCUCCCCUGUUAUGGAUUCUCCCUCCUCCCCCACACCGGAAAACUGUAAAGCCAAGACAGCAUCCAGAGUGUAUACUCCGGUCAUGAUACCAGCUGUUUCUACUGUAACCAUAACAAGACGUGACCCUCGUACUCCUGGCAACCGUUCUUUGCCUGGUGACCCCCGCACAGCUGCCCUCCGUACUCCUGCCAAGUCAAGUGUCAUCACGUCUACAGGCCCCCCACCACCAGUCUCCUAUGCCCCUCCAAGACACACUGUUACUCUAAGCAAGCCAUGCAUGCCCCUACCACCACCCCCAUCCCUGCCACCACCGCCAGCAUUGCCCAAAUCCAUCCUGAUGAAGCCAUCUUCCUCAUCGUUCUAUGGUUCAUCUGGAUCCUCUGCGUCCUCUUCAAGGGCUGUGAACUCCCACUCCCCUCCAGAUGGGGAGACGACCCAGUUCCUGGCCAAACAGGAAGUUGUGUGGAAGGGUUUCCUUAACAUGGUCAGCGUGGCUAAGUUUGUGACCAAAGGCUACCUGGUCUCAGGACCAUCUGAAUAUCUCAAAGAGGAUCUGCCUGAUACAAUCCAGAUUGGUGGAAGAAUCAUGCCUCAAAUUGUAUGGGACUAUAUUGGGAGGAUGAAAACCUCUUUUACAAAGGAGCUGUGUGUAAUCCGGUUUCACCCAGCAACAGACGAGGAGGAGGUGGCCUAUGUGUCUCUGUUUUCCUACUUCAGCAGCAGACGGCGCUUUGGGGUGGUGGCCAACAACAGCCGCAGCAUCAAGGACAUCUACCUCAUUCCACUCAGUGCAAAGGAAUCUAUCCCCUUAAAACUUCAACCAUUUGAAGGAUCAGGCUUUGAGAAAAAUCGCCCCAAUCUUCUUCUGGGACUGGUUAUUUGUCAGAAACUCAAACGUAUGGGAAACUGUCCACAAGAAAUUGAAGAGAAGAGACUCAAGAUCCACAUGUCCAAAGAUCCCAGAGAUACUGGCCUCCCUAGACCCCCCACACUUUACGGCUCUGACCCUAGAAUGGAGGAAUUCCUGCCUUACGACCCAGCAAUGCCCAUCAUGUCAACUCCUCCUGGCUCGCCUCCUUCCACUGGAUCCCCGUCAGACUCCUCUGGGUCAUUGACUGUCCCGUCACUUCUGUCUUCUAUUAAAGCUGCUCCCCCUUUUUCAGCCCCUCCUCCCAUUACUAGCUCAGACACUGCCCCUAGCAGCACCUCUGCCACUCCCCUGCAGACUAUACUGAAGUCCCUUUUUGGGAAAGACUCUCCUGCAGUCCCAGCAGUUGCAGCAGUGUCCCCUCCAUCCACUCUGCCUCCCCCACCAAUGGUAGAUCCAAUAGUGCAGCAGUAUGGGCAGAAAUCCAAAGUCAAAGAGGUUGAGGAGGAGGAAAAUGAAUUUGAUCGGCCAUACGACCCAGAGGAAGAGUAUGAUCCAGCAAUUGGCUAUGGUAUGGUUACCCCAAUUAGUGUGGAUACAAUGCUUAAAGCAAAAGCUGCCAUUCAGGCUACAUGUGCAGAAGAUGACGUAGCAUAUGACCCUGAGGAUGAUACUAUCUUUGAGGAUAUUCAUGGAUACGAUAGGGUUAGUGUAAUGAAAGCCCCAAUUCCAGUUCCGACUUUGGAACCAACUCUGGCUCCUACCCCAGUCCCAUCCCCUGCACAAGCCUCCGUCCCAGCGGCCACUCCGUCCUCAGCCCCUUUAAACCUCCCCAGUACUGGUGCUGUGAUUGUCUCAGCCGCUACACUGACUGAACAACAGCGAAUGCUUGAGGAUCUCAAUAGGCAGAUUGAGGAGCAGAAAAAGCAGUUAAAGGAGCAGGAGGAGGCACUGCGUCAGCAGAGAGAGGCAGUGGGGAUGUUCAUGGCCCACUUCUCUGUUUCCGAUGCCUUAAUGUCUCCACCUCCUAAAUCUGGGGUAUCUCAGUUCCAAACACAACAUACUGAAGGGCAAACUGAGACAAAUCCUUCAGCCAGUCAAAGAACUUUAAAAGGUCUCUUGAAAACAGAGGAAAAAGAAGUACCAAUAAAACAAGACAUUAAUGGAGAGAUCAAGGCUGGACCUCUUUCAGAGUCAGUAAAUGUGGCAAUGCCAGAUGGAUCACCAAAACAGGUAAAUGAUAUCAAAAAAGAAACUCCUCAAGCAACAGACAAUUCAGACCCUGAAGCUGGUGAGAUUCAGGACUCUGAUGUAGCUUAUGACCCAGAGGAUGAUACUAUAUUUGAUGAGCUCCAAGACAAAAAUGGAGAGAAGACGAAAACCUCUACUCGAUCAGAUUCAGCCAGGCGUUCUGAGCGUUCUCGUGACUCCUCAGUGUCCAGCUCAUGUCGUGGCACAUCACGCACUGACACUUCAGAUAGGAGGCGUAAGCGUAGCAGCCAAACAGAUACUCACUCGCCAAAAAGACGGGACCGUAAAUUAAAGGACCGACACGAAAGCCCUUCUCGUAGAACUGGCCGGCGAUCCCCUGGACGCUCUGAUAGACGACGGGACAGGCAUAGACGUGGUGAGAGGAGCCGACCAUAUCACAGGGAUCGUGACCACUCUGAUCGCCCAGGCCGCCAUCUAGCUCAUAAAGAACGUGCUUCUAGACGCAGUUCUGGCAGCCAUAGAAGAUCCCCGUCUACACCAAGAAAAAAACGAGAUUCUGCCUCAAGGGGACACUCAAAGGGUCAGCGGGAGAAUUCUAAUACAGUUUCAGAGGACUCCAAAGGCCCAGAGGCUAUUGAAGACAUGGAUGCUGCUACUCCAGCUCCAGAACUGGGCUUGGAGGCUAAUGAUUCACCUCAUCCUCCUCAGACCAUUGACGAAACGCUGUCUGAUCACUCUGAGUCAGGAGGUCCACCACAGGAAAAGGUUGACGACACACACCAUCAAAUAUCCAGUGAAAAUCCCACUCCACUGCAACCUGUGGGUGAACUAUCUACUCAAAGCUUGCUAGGAUCCCCACCAACAGGCCCCAACAACAUGCAGGACCCCAACAUCCAACAAGAAGACUAUAGGGAUAGGCCCUCCCAACUGGAAAUACUAGCACAUCACUGCGUUCAGAGCCCAUCGGACAUUAUGAGAGAGAAACAGUUUUCAACACUAGGCCCAUCCCACAUGGCUUCUCCAAGCCCCCAGGUUGAGAGGUCUAUUGGUUCAGAGAGGAGAGAACUUGAUAUAAGGGAGGGAAGGAGAAACCCAGGGCUAGAUAUUAGAGGUACAGAGAUAAGUGGAUCAGGACCAGACACAAGGGUUGAAAGACAAGCUCCAGGACCAGAUAUUAUGGAUGAAAGGAGAGGGCUGCAAAUAAAACAUCCAGGUCCAAAUUUGAAAGUUCCAGAAUCAGACAUGAGAAGUCCAGAUUUGAGAGGGGACCACUUCUCAUUAACUAAUAUUGGAGGACAGAGAUCCCCAUCGCCCCAUUUCAGUAGUCCAAGGAUGCCAUUAUCCUUUCCAAGAGGAAAUGUGGAGGAUCAAAGGGGUGCACAUUGCCCUAGUUUUCAUGGACCUAGGGGUCCCUCUGCCUCAAGGUUCAACCAGCCUAGAGGCUUGUCUCCAGGGCAUUUCCCAGACAAACCAGGGCCACCACGAUCCCAGUUUGAUGGUCCACAUGAUCAGCCAGUAGCAAAACCUCAAGGGCUUUUAGGAACAAUAAGAGGUGCUAACAACCAUCAUGACAGCGAAGGCAGAGAAACAAUGGAGCAGCACAUUGUUCAGAGUCCAUCAGACAUUAUGAGAGAGAAACAGUUUUCCUCACAAGGCCCUUGUUACAUGGCCACUCCAAACAACCAGAAUGAGAGGCCCAUCAGUUUAGAGAGGGGAGAUCCUGAUAUGAGUGAGGGAAGAAGAAACUCAGGUCUAGAUAUUAGAGGUCGAGACAUGAGGGGCGAAAGACGAGUUCCAGGACCAGACAUGAGAGGUCCAGGGCAAGAGAUCAGAGGGUCAGGUCUCAGACCAGACACAAAGGGUGAUAGGAAAGGACUAGACAUGAGGGGCCUAGAGCCAGACAUAAGACGUCCAGGACCAGACAUGCAGGGUCCAGGUCCAGACUUGAGAGAUCGAAGGCCAGAUAUUCGGGGCCCAGGGCAUGAGAUGCAGGGUCAAGGGCCAGAAAUCUGGGAUGAUAGAAGAGGCCCAGGGCCAGACUUGCGGGGCCCGGGGCCAGACUUGCGGGGCCCGGGGCCAGACUUGCGGGGCCCGGGGCCAGACUUGCGGGGCCCGGGGCCAGACUUGCGGGGCCCGGGGCCAGACUUGCGGGGCCCGGGGCCAGACUUGCGGGGCCCAGGAUCAGAGAUGAGGGGUGACAGGCCAGAAAUCUGGGAUGAUGGAAGAGGCCCAGGGCCAGACAUGAGGGGUCCGAUGUCGGAAAGGAGGGGUCCUGGGACCGAAAUGUGGCAUGAUAGAAGAGGCCCAGGACCAGACAUUAACGGUCCAGGGACAGAAAUGUGGGAUGAUAAAAGAGGCCCAGGGCCAGACAUGCAGGGUCCGGGGCCAGACAUGCGGGGUCCGGGGCCAGACAUGCGGGGUCCGGGGCCAGACAUGCGGGGUCCGGGGCCAGACAUGCGGGGUCCGGGGCCAGACAUGCGGGGUCCGGGGCCAGACAUGCGGGGUCCAGGGCCAGAUGUGCGGGGUCCGGGGCCAGAAAUGUGGGAUGAUAGAAGAGGCCCGGGGCCCGACAUGAGGGGCCCAGGGCCAGAUAUGAGAGGUCUACGGCCAGAAAUGUGGGAUGAUAGAAGAGGCCCAGGGCCCGACAUGAGGGGUCCAGGGUCCGACAUGAGGGGUCCAGGGCCCGACAUGAGGGGUCCAGGACCAGAAAUGUGGGAUGAUAGAAGAGGCCCAGGGCCCGACAGGAGGGGUCCAGGGCCUGACAGGAGGGGUCCAGGGCCCGACAUGAGGGGUCCAGGGCAUGACAUGAGGGGUCCAGGAGAAGACAUUUGGGAUAAUAGAAGAGGCCCAAGACCAGACAUGAGAAGUCCAGAUAUGAGAAAGGAACGGAGACACCCAGAUAUGAGGGAUACAGGACCUGACAAUGGGAGACGAAACAUUAAUAGUUCAGACAUGAAAGAUAUAGAAAUGUCUGGCCCAGAUCCAGACAUGAGUGGUUUGGAUGUCACAGGAGACCACUUCACACCAACCGCUUACAUUGGUGAACAUCAGCCUCCAACACCAAAUGUAAACAGUCUGAGGAUGUCCACACCUUUGCAAAGAGGACAUUUUGAGGAUCAAAGGGGAGCACAACGUCCUGGUUUUAAUGGCCCCAGGGGUCCUCGUCCCUCAAGGUUCAACCAACUCAGAGGCUUAUCCCCAGGGAAUUUUGCAGACAACAUGGGGCAGCCACGGUUCCGUUUUGAUGGUCCACAUUCAGUGGGAACAGCUGCUCAUGCUCUGCUGGUCAAAUCAAGGGAGCAUGUUAUACAGAGCCCAUCUGAUAUUCUAAAGGAUACCCAGAUACACUCACAAGGCCCUCUGCACAUGGCCUCUCCAAAUCGCCUGGGUGAGAGAUCCAUCAGUUUGGAGAGGAGAGAAUCUGAAAUGAUGGAAGGAAUGAGAAACCCAGGGCUAGAUAUAAUAGGUCCUGAUAGUAUGGGACCAGAUGAGGGAGAUAAAAAUAGAGGGCAAGGUCCAGACAUGAGGGGUAAUAGGAGCGGGCCAGAUAUUAGGGGUCAAGGUCCAAACAUAAGGGGUAUUAGGAGGGGGCCAGGGCUAGGCACAAUGGGCCCAGAGCUAGACCGUAGGGGACCAGGUCUAGACACAAGAGAUGAUAGGAGAGGGCCUGUGCCAGGCACAAAAGAUCCAGAGCAAAACUUCAAAGGGCCAGUACAAGACACUAGGGGUGAUAGGAGAAGGCCAGGACAAGACAUGAGGGGUCCAGGGCUAGACAACCAAGGACCAGGCACAAGGGGUGAUAGGAAAGGACCAGACACAAUAGAUCCAGAACCAAACAUCAGAGGACCAGGACCUGACACAAGGGGUGAUAGGAGAGGGCCAGGGCCAGAUAUGCGGGGUCCAGGGCAAGAUAACAGAGGACCAGGGCCUGACACAAGGGGUGACAGGAGAGGGCCAAACAGUGGACCAGGAACAGAUACAAGGGGUGAUAGGAAAGGGCCAGGACCAGACUCUAUAGCUCCAGAGACAAACAUCAGAGGGACAGACACAAGGGGGGAUAGAACAAGGCCAGGACCAGACAUCAGAGUACAAGAUUUAGGACCAGACACAAGGGGUGAUAGAGGGCCGGGUCAAGGACCAGAUACAAUCAGGGAUAGGAGAGGGCCAGGGCAAGACACAGAUGCUGAGCCAAACAUCAUAGGACCAGGGCUGGACAAAAAGGGGGAUAGGAAUGAGCCAGGGCCAGACAUAAGGACUCCAGGUUCAGACAGCAGAGAACUAGACACAAGGGGUAAUAGGAGAGGGGCAGUUCCAGAUACAAGUGGUCCAAGGUCAGACCUUAGAGGACCAGAUCUUGGACCAGACACAAGGGGUGAUAAGAAAGGGCCAGACCCAAGAAUUAACAAGAGAGGGCCAGGUCUAGGACCAGAGACAAGGGGUGAUAGGAGAGGGCCAGGGCAAGACACAAGAGUUGCAGAGCCAAACAUCAUAGGGGGAGAUAGGAAAGGUCCAGACAUGAAUGGCCCAAGGCCAGAUCUUAGAGGAACAGAUCUAGGGGCAGACAGGGGUGGAAGGAGAGAGCCAAACAUGGGUGGGCAAGGGUCAGACAUGGGAGAUCCAGGGCCAGGACACAGAGGGCCAAGUCUAGGGCCAGACACAAGGGGUGAUAGAAGAGGUCAAGGAGCAGACAUGAGAGAGGCAGGACCAGAUAUGAGGGGUCUGGGACCAGAUGGAAGGGUUGAUAGGAGAGGACCGGGGGCAGACAUGAGGGGUCUAGGGCCAGACACAAGGAGUGACAGAAGAGGUCCAGGGCCAGACAUGAGAGAGGCAGGACCAGAUAUGAGGUGUCUGGGACCAGACAUAAGGGGUGAUAGGAGAGGGCCAGGGGCAGAUAUGAGGGGUCUAGGGCCAGACACAAGGGGUGAUAGAAGAGGUCAAGGGCCAGACAUGAGAGAAGCAGGACCAGAUAUGAGGGUUCCGGGACCAGACUUAAGGGGUGAUAGAAGAGGUCAAGGGCCAGACAUGAGAGAAGCAGGACCAGAUAUGAGGGGUGAUAGAAGAGGGCCGGGGGCAGAUAUGAGGGGUCUAGGGCCAGACACAAGGUGUGAUAGAAGAGGUCAAGGGCCAGACAUGAGAGAGGCAGGACCAGAUAUGAGGGGUGAUAGAAGAGGUCCAGGGCCAGACAUGAGAGAUCCAGGACCUAACAACAGAGGGCCUGGUCUAGAGCCAGCCACGAGGAGUGAUCGGAGAGGGCCUAACAUGGGUGGGCCAGGACCAGAUAUUAGGGGCCUCGGACCAGACACAAGAGGUGAUAGGAGAGUGUCAGGGCCAGUCCUGAGUGGUCUAGCUUCAGAUAACCGAGGGCCAGGUCUAGGGCCAGACACAAGGAGUGAUAGGAGAGGUCAAGGACCAGACAUGAGAGAGCCAGGAUCAGAUUUUAGAGGUCCGGGACCAGACCAAAGGGGUGAUUGGAGACGACCAGGGCCAGACGUGUGGGGUCCAUGGACAGACAACAGAGGGCCAGGUCUAGGGCCAGACACAAGGGUUGAUAGGAGAGGUCAAGGGCCAGACAUGCGAGAGCCAGGAUCAGAUAUGAGGGGUCCGGGACCAGACCCAAGGAGUGAUUGGGGAGGGCCAGACAACAGAGGGCCAGGUCUAGGACCAGACUUAAGGGGUAAUAGAAGAGGUCAAAUGCAAGACAUGAGAGAGCCAGGAUCAGAUAUUAGGGGUCCGGGACCAGAUGCAAGGGGUGUUUGGAGAGGGCCAGGGCCAGACAACAGAGGGCCAGGUCUCGGGCCAGACUUAAGGGGUAAUGAGAGCGGUCUAGAGGAAGACAUGUGGGAUGAUUGGAGAGGUCCAGGGCAAGACACAAAGGGUGAUAGAAGGGGUCCAGGACCAGACAUGUGGGAUGAUAGAAGAGGGUCAGGGCCAGAAAUACAAGGACCAAGGCCAGAUAUUUGGGAUGAGAGUAAAGGGUUAGAAUUGAGAGGACCGGGGCGAGACAUGAGGGGUCCAGGGCUGGACAAUAGAGGCCCAGGUCUAGGACCAGACACAAUGGGUGAUAGGAGAGGGCCAGGUCGAAACAUGAGAGAUUCAGGACCAGAUACAAGGGGUCGUAGGAGAGGUCCAGUGCCAAACAUGUGGGAUGAAAGGAGGGGUCCAGGACCAGACAUAAGGGAUGAUAAAAGGGGACCAGGACCAGAUAUGAGGGAUGAUAGGAGGGCUCCAGGACCAGACAUGUGGGAUGAGAGUAGGGGGUCAGAUAUGAUAGAUCCAGGGCCAGACAUGUGGGAUAAUAGAAGAGGCCCAGGGUCAGACCUAUGGGGGCCAGAACCAGACAUUGGAGGUCCAGAAAUGAGAGGCCCAGGUCCCGAUAUGUGGGAUGAUAGGAGAGGUCCAGGGCCAGACAGGAGAGGUCCAGGGCCAGACAGGAGAGGUCCAGGGCCAGACAGGAGAGGUCCAGGGCCAGACAGAAGAGGUCCAGGGCCAGACAGGAGAGGUCCAGGGCCAGACAGGAGAGGUCCAGGGCCAGACAGGAGAGGUCCAGGGCCAGACAUGAGGGGUCCAGGGCCAGACAUGAGGGGUCCAGGGCCAGACAUGAGGGGUCCAAGACAGGACAUGAGGGGUCCAGGGCCAGGCAUGAGGGGUCCAAGCCCGGAGAUGAGGGGUCCAGGGCCAGACAUGACAGGUUUGGACCCAGAAAUGGUUCUAGAAAUGCAAGGCUGUGAUCAAGACAUAGGUCCAGCUAUAAGAGGAGACCACUUCACAUCAAAUACUUUUGCAGGACAGAGGGGAGUAUUUAGUCCUCGUUUUCAAGGCCUUAGAGGUCCUCGCCCCUUAAGGUCCAACCAGCCCAGAGGCUCAUCUUCAGGGCAUUGUGCAGACAGGGGCCAGCCACGAUUUGACAGUCCACAGCCAGGGGUUAGACCAUUGAGGCAUAAAGCAGGUUUACUUCCUACUCCUCCAGAGGGUCUCAUUAGUUUGCCGAACAACGGCCCAGAUGCAUUUAGAGAAGACCAGUGGCAGAAUUGUCACUCGCCUGAAAUAAGGAGAACAAGCCAACCUAGAGAGGACUGUGAAAUAAGACACUAUGGAGACAGAAAAAGCCACUCUGAGGACCGUGGCCAUUGCGGUAAUCCCAGAAACAGGGGGAACUUCCAAGGCUCAGCACCCUACUUGUCCCAGGAGAGGCUAUUGCCUGAGAACAGAAGAGACCGGGAUAGAAGUCAAGGAAGGCAGUGGGACAGAGGGACAGGUAGGCCUGUGAGUCGGGAUAGAGAAGCGGUUAGAGGGAGGGAAUUAAACAGGCCCAGAGAGGUGGAGGGUGAAAAGCAAAAGACAGCCACAGAAAAGGACAAAGACAUGGGCAGAGCCACAAGUGGGCAUGGAGAUGCAAACAAAGACCCUAGUUAUCGCAAAAGUUCACUUUCAAAAGACAGUGACAGAGACCGAUUAAAAGAUGGAAGUGGAAAGAAAGAAGACAAAAUGGGAGGAAAUGUGGACGAGGUGGAUUCAAAAGAUGCCCCCCAGACAGAUACCCCCCAGGAGAGCAAAGGUCCUGUUUGAGUGGAGACUACGGUUACCAGAAAUGUAUGGACAGUUUUGUUGUCUGUUAAGCCAUUUUCACUACACAUUGAUGUAUCCUGUGAAUACAAUAAGAAAAUCUGUGGUAAGAAAAGUGAUUAUGCAGUAUUAAUGGAAUGGAUCAUAGGUUUUGUCAUGUUAAUGUAUCUAAACAUCUAAAAUUUGUUAGUGCUAUUAUUUCAUAACUCCACAAAGUUUGAAAUUGGUUCAGUUCAUAAUGUACUAUGUAGUCUCUCACUAAAUCAUACAACAAACAUUUUUUAAUGUCAUGACCUAACUUACCUUGUUUCAUUCAUUUUAGUUUUAAAAUGGUACAAAUUAAAUGUUUUUUAAUUUUUAAGUUUAAAAUGUAUGUAAGUCAAACAUAGGCUAUAUGUAAAUUGUGUUUCCAGAUUUCUAUAUUAUUUCAUAGUGUUCUAUUUUAAUAGUACAAACCUGUUGAGCCAUACUGCUGUCAUGGUCACUGAUUAGAAAGCAUUCAUGUUGAAUAGCCUCAUCGUUUAGAGAAUAAAUGAAAACUGAUAUUUUUUUCAUUUGUUGAACGUAGGCCAAUAAAAACCAGUUGAGAAAUUA